AUGGUAGGAACACAAACGAUCGCUAUACAGCCUACUUCUUGCAGCAGUAGCACUAUCUGCAACAGCAGCACCAUCUGCAACAGCAGCACCAUCUGCAACAGCAGCACUCAUCUGCAACAGCAGCAUCAUCUGCAACAGCAGCACCAUCUGCAACAGCAGCACCAUCUUGGUCUCUGUAAAAAUGAGACCGACGAACCACAACAACAACAACAGCAGCACCUCUGCAGCGGCAACACCUCCUACAGUAAAAGUAUGUAUCUUUUAUCAGCAGCCCCUCUGCAGCAGCAAAACCUCUUACAGAAGUAUGAACAUCCUCGUGGAGCAUCAUCACCGCUCGGAGCCGCAGCUUCCCUAUCAGCAGCAGCACUCUUUACAGCAGCAAAACUCCUCAGCAGCAGCAGUCCUUACAGCAGCAAAACUGCCCUGUACCAGCCGUCCUUACAGCAGCAAGACUCCUCCUCAGCAGCAGCAGCAGCACCUCCUACAGAAGCAGUUUUCCGCAGCAGAAGCAGCCCUCACAGCAGCAGCAUGCAGCGCACCCCUGCGGGAUAUCGACCAGGUGCAGGGGAACGUCAGCUUUAA